AUGGCGAAGAAGAAGAACAAGAAGAACAACCAGAAGCAGGCGGAGGUUGCUGCUCCACCCGAGAACCUCAAAGCGGUCAACAAUACAGCGACGGAGGAGUCACCGGCCAACGAAGAGACUCAACAACUGUCGCCCGCACCGCCACUCGAGCCACCCAGUGACGAUACCCCAGUCGUCGACUCCACAUCUGUACCUGACCAGAACCUCGAAUCGACCCAGGAUACACCUAGCGAAGACAAGUCAUCGAUGCUUGCUGACGCUACUACUGAUGGCGAGAAGAUAGAGUCAGCCGAACCUGAUCACGUGCACACCGACACUCCCGUGCAAGACGCGGAGACGGUAAUGGGCACUGUCGAAUCACAGCCCGAGCUCCCUGCAGAGGAGAACGAACCUGAAGCAGACUCUUCUGACCCGAUCCCUGCAGCAGAUGCAGAUGUGGACUCUGCCGACCCAGUCCCUGCAGUCGAUGCGGAGGAGCUUCCUCUUGAAUCCUCGGAUGAUCAACAGCCCGUAUCGGAUGUUGUGUUAGACGAAGAAAGUCAAGUGCAGCUAGCUGAGGAUCAAGAAGCUCCAACAUCUUCGACGGAGCUGGACAACGCAGAGACAGAGAAUCAGGCACCUGAGCUUGAUGAGACAGCUGUCGACGCGCCAGACAUUGUCAAUGCGGUAGAUAAUGCCGAACCGGAGGGUGUCGUCACAUCAACGGAGUCUGCUGAAGUAGAGGCUGAAGAACCAUCUGAACAUGACCCUUCUCUAGAAUUCAUCAACCAAGAGGUCCAUGAAGAUGAUGCACUCCAAGCAGAAGCGCCAGAAACACCUGCAGCGGAGUCAUCUGAACCUCAGGUCGAGCAUGCUGAGGAGGCAGAGCCGGUUGCAGAAGGACUAGCUCAACCGACCGAGGCCCUUGCCGAUGUCGAAGCACCAAUUCAGUCUGAUGUGCCUUCUUCAAUGGCUGAAGAACCACCAGUGGCCGAGAUGGACGACGUCCACCAGGACGAAGUCGCUCCCAUGGAGGCUCCAGAACCACCACCCACAGAGGACGAAACCCACACUACUCACGACUCUGAGCUACUUAUUUCAAGGGAUGUCGAGUCUGUCAAAGCCACUGACGCGGCCCUGGUUGAGGCAGAAUCGCCCCUUCCCGCCAAAGAAACGGCAAAACAGCGACGCAGACGCCUUGCUGAAGAGGAACUGGAGCGUGAAGAGCAGGAGAAGCUUGACCAGGAAAGUUUCGAACAGUAUCGGAUCGAUCAAGAACGCCUAGAGAUGGCAAGGCUGGAGCAGAAGAGGCUCGAAAGAGAGAAGAUGAGACAGGAGAGACUCGAGAAGGAGCGAAUCGAGCAAGAGCGGAUCGAGGAAGAGAACCGACAACAAGAGAAGCUUGAAAAAGAAAGAAUUGAAGCAGAACAGCUUGAACAGGAUAGACUUGAGGCUGAACGACUUGAGAAGGAACGGAUUGAAUCCGAGAAACUCGAAGCGGAAAAUUUGGAGAGGAUAAGGGCUGAACAAGAGAGGCUCGUGAAUGAGAGAAUCGAGCAAGAUCGCCUGGAGCAAGAAAGACUUGACGAGCAACGCCGCAAAGAUCAAGAACUCGAGAAGCAGAAGCUCGAGCAAGAGGCGGCUGCUGCUGCUGCGGCUGCGGCAGAAGAGGCCCGGAACAUGAUCCUCCAAGCCCAAGCUGAAGCAAGCCAGAAAGCCCUGGAACAAGAAAGUCUCAACUCGGUAUCUGCAGAGAACGCUGCAAGAGAAGUCGGUGAGGAGCCUACUACACAGUCUCCAGCCCCUUCUGCUACACAGGUCAAGGAAGUACUUAAAGCUGUCCCUGAGCCAGCACAGCUGUCAACUCCACCCCCAGACGGCUUUCCGCAGCCACCUGUACCUGCCAGCGCCGCUUGCCAACUCCUGCUGCAUCGGUGGGGCGUACUAGUUCGCCUCGUUCUGUCGCAACUGAUGCAUCCAAAAGCAGGGCGCAUGCAUCGGAACAUCCGCCGUCUCAAAUUCACCCCGCACAGAGAUCGGAAGAUCUUGAUCAUGGAGUUCCAAGGAGACAUGCAUCAAAUUCGCCAGCCUUGCCAGCGCCAAGACCGCAAGCUGUGA